AUGUCUAGCGUAGCGGUCAUUAGCAUUGGUGCCGUUAUAUUAACGACAGCGUACUAUGUGAGUCAGUCCAACGGCAAGGACAGAUUUUGGUAUUGGCUGGCUGGAAGAGAUUAUGCCGAAAAACAAUUAGAGCAGCAAGUGCUUGAGGACCCCGAUCCUCCAUUAAUAUCAAAUCACACUCAGUACGUGGAAACAAAUGGCCACCAGCUUCGCAUAGUUCAUAUCAUCCAUGAAUUGGGCAGCAAAGUGCCUCUACUCGUAUUCAUCCACGGACUCGGCGCACAAGCUUCCCAGUGGAUCAAUCAAAUCGAAUAUUUCUCAACUUAUGGUCACGUUUUGGCGAUCGACAUGAUCGGUUGUGGUAAAAGCGAUCAAGAUUCAAGCUGGUCCGCGUAUAGAUCAGAAGCAAUUGUCAACGAUAUUCGGAAGCUCCUAGAGACCAGAUAUCAAAGUCAGUCCAUGGUGAUCAUAGCGCAUUCAUUCGGCUGUUCAAUAGCAACAUAUCUUGCUGGAUCAUCUAACCUUGCCCCAUGUAUCAAAGGGGUGGUUCUCAUUGCUCCAAAGGCCCACAUCGACGAAAAGCAGAAAAAGGGAAUCCGUCUUUUACGCUGGAUCCCAGAUUGGCUUUUUGAUGGACUCCGAGUAGCGGACAGAAAGGGCGGACUAGAGAGUAAAAGCGUUCAUCGAAUGCUUGGAGUAACAUCUGAUGAGCACCUAAAAAGGAGGCAAUUGCGAUGGAACUUGAUGAGUCACUCAGCCGUUUACAAAAGGAUGGUGUGUGGAACUACGUGGCCUACUGCUGCUGACUAUCAAAAGGUUGCUUGCCCAGUUCUGCUUAUUGGUGCUGAAAAAGACAACGUUGUUCCCGCUGAUGACGCGAAAAUCAUUGAAAGCUAUCUUGUCAAACGCAAUGUAGAUGAGAAUGGAUCAUCAUCUGCUAGUUCGCACGAUCAAGUUGUAGAACAUUAUAUUGUGCCUGGUGCAGGCCAUCAGGCCAUGAUUGUCAAUCCCGAGCUUGUUAAUCCUGUUAUCACAGAAUUCUUGAUCAAGAAAUGUGGAUUAGAUACUCUUAGUGGGGCAUGGCAGAUUUUGAACAAGACAGCAGGAGAGAAUAAGUGGGAUCUCAAAAACUAUGAAAAGUGGAAGCGCACGGAUAUAAUUUCAUUCACCAACAUUGGCCCAUCAUUGUUCAGAGCCAUGAAGGUUAUGCGACAGACUGACCCAGAUCACUCUCCGUCAGCCUUUAUAGCAAAGCAUCCCGAAAUAGGCUAUAUUAUAGAUAUCUCUAAGGACACUCCUCCCUACCGUCCAUCGGACUUUGAAAACUCGCACAUCGACUAUAAGAAACUAUCGACUGUUUCUAAAAUCCCACCUAUGAAAGAAGAUGUCGAUAGAUUCAUAAAGCUGGCGAGUGCAUGCUGGGAGGAAAGACCUGAUUUACAGAUUGCAGUCCAUUGUCACUAUGGGUUCAAUCGCACAGGAUUCUUUAUUUGCUGCUAUAUGAUUGAGCGUUUGGCCGUAUCUGUUCCAGAUGCUCUGCGCUUUUUUGAGGACGCAAGACCACCUGGUAUCAGACAUGCCCAUUUCAAGGAUGAGCUGUAUUUACGAUACGUGCUUCACAGAGAACCAUCGUCCUAAACUCACUAGACUUGAUAUCCAUUAGAAGAACUUUGUCAACCUUUAACAUUCUAUUACAUGUAACUAAACAUCACUUCAUAAUUCGUCAUUU